CUGGUCCAGACUGGAGACUCGCCGCUGCUGCAGGAACUUCCACUUCACUUUGGAGCAGCAGGCUGAAGUCAGGCCGACAAUGUGGAGAGUGUGCGGGGUGGUUUGCGUGUGUUGUCUCGCUCUCCUCGCCCAAGACUGUAGCGCCCAGUCGCAGAGGAGACCCUCUUUUACAUGUGGGGGAAACAUCACAGGACAAACUGGAAUAAUCGGGAGUCAGGGGUACCCUGGUGUUUACCCUCCAAAUACUAAAUGCGUGUGGAGGAUCACAGUGCCAGAGGGCAAGGUGGUGGUGCUGACGUUCCGCUUCCUCGACUUGGAGAACGACAGCCUGUGUCGCUACGACUACGUGGAUGUGUACAGCGGUCACGUCAACGGGCAGCGACUCGGCCGCUUCUGCGGCACGUUCAAGCCGGGGGCGCUGGUUUCCACAAGCAACAAGAUGACCCUUCAGAUGGUGUCGGACGCCAACACGGCCGGCAGCGGCUUCUUGUCCGUUUUCUCCGCCGCGCAGCCGAACGAGAGAGGGGAUCAGUAUUGUGGGGGCAGACUGGACAAACCCUCCGGAACAUUUAAAACUCCCAACUGGCCCGACAGGGACUACCCAGCUGGUGUCACCUGCUCUUGGCACAUAGUGGCACCAAAGAACCAGAUCAUUGAAGUCAAGUUCGAGAAGUUUGAUGUGGAGCGAGAUAACUACUGCCGCUACGAUCACGUCUCCAUUUUCAACGGCGGCGAGAUCAACGACGCCAGGAAGAUCGGGAAGUACUGCGGGGACAGCCCACCAGCUCUCUUCCAAGCUUACGUUCCAUCUCAACACAUCCCCGUCCCUGCAUUGCAGGCCCGUGUUCUCAGAGGGGAACCAGCUCCUCGUCCACUUCCUUUCAGACCUCAGCCUGACCGCGGACGGCUUCAUCGGGCAUUACAAGUUCCGCCCCAAGAAGUUCUCCGUCACUACAACGCCACCGCCCACCACCACACAGCCGGUCACCACCAGGCCCAUACGGGCGGGGCCUGGUGGGGUGGCGCAUGGCGUGGAGAGUCUGCAUGUGAGUGUCUGGGUGUGAGCUGUGGCCAACAGCAGCUUCUGCCACUCAAGUACUCGGUGGCUUUGUGCCGGCAGAAGUGCAAACGACGAGGAACACUUGAGAGCAACUUUUGCUCCAGCAACUUCGUGAUUACUGGCACGGUCAUCUCGGCGGUGACGCGCGGUGGGAGCGUGCACGCCACCGUGUCCAUCAUUAACGUGUACAAAGAAGGCAACCUGGCCAUCCAGCAGGCGGGCAAGACCAUGAGCACCAAGAUGGUCAUCCUGUGUAAGAAGUGUCCGUUCGUCAGGAGAGGCUUGAACUACAUCUUCAUGGGCCACGUGGACGAGGAGGGCCGCGGCAAGGUGGGCCCCCACCACUUUGUGCUGGCCUUCAAGUCCAAGAACCAGAAAGCGCUCAGCGUGCUGAAGAACAAGCGCUGCUGAGGGGCGGAGCCAUGUAAAUCAACAGCUACCUGAGCAAAACAUCGUUUAGAUUAGGAUUCAUUCACUAUGCAUUAUACUUGGAGCUCAUAUAUUCCUCCUCCUCCUAAAAAAAAAAUUAAAAAUCAGCGACUAGAGUUCUAUUCAUUAAAACCAGAAUAGUGCACAUAAAAAUGUAAAAAAUAAAUAAAUAAAUAAAUAAAAUGAAAAUUAUUUUACACUGAUGUUUAGCUGUUAAACAAUAUUUACUUUAAAAGUGGAUUUAUUUAAAAAAAUUUUUUUUUACCAGUUUUAAAAUUAGCCCCAAAUUAUGUUAAUGAAGGUGAAUGAACAACCACAAAACGCUAAUUUAUUUAAAACUAUUUCAUGUGAUUUUUAUAAAUUAAGUACGAUUCUUCCCUGCAGCAAUUUGCCAGUCUCAUGUGUCGAGUGCAAAUAAGUAUUAAGGGCAGCCUGAAAAGGAAAAAAGUGAAAUUACACUACGAGAUUAAAAUCGUAAUCUUACGUGAAUAAAUAUAUCCAUCCAUCCAUUUUCUGCUUCUCCUCACUCGGGUUGCGGGCGUGCUGGAGCCUAUCCCAGCUGUCAUCGGGCAGGAGGCGGGGUACACCCUGAACUGGUUGCCAGCCAAUCGCAGGAAUAAAUAUAUUUAAGAAAGAAAGUAAUGUUUUCAAGAUUAAAAGUGAUAUAUUAUGUCAUAUAUUAAUAUUGCAAGAAUGAAGUUUUAUCAUCUCAAAAUACAAUAUAACAACCCUUUAUAUAAAAUAUACAACCUUUUUCUUGUACAAUGACGACUGUAAUCUUGAAACUACACAAUAUGCCAUUUCCCCUCAAAUACACAACAGAUUAUUCUUGUAAUAUUAAUCUCAGUCUCAUUAUUUAUCUUUUUUUUUUAAGGGUGGCACUAAGAAUUCCAUAUUCUAUGGAUCUGUGAAGUAUGAUGAACAUUUAAAAUUCCUAAAUUUAUGUAGAGCUUUUUUAAACAGUGCAAUAUUUGAUACAUAUUGUAUAAACUGUAUAGUACUUUAUGACCGUUACCCUUACUGUAUUGCUUUUUAAAGACAGCACUAUUAGAUAUUUUCAUAUGACAAAGAAAAUAUGUGAAUAUUAUUUCUAUUUUAUUGUUGUCAUGCGCACUAAUAAAAGUGCUGUCAUAAUCUGACUUCAAAAUUUAUUUUUUUGAAGAGUGAAAGC